UUGGAGGUGUCUACGGACAACGCCAGCUCUUCGGCUUAGAAAUAGAGAUGAGCACCAACCCCCAGAGUCGGUCACGACUGGACUUAACGUCAGGGGGAAACCUUUAAUGCCUUGAAUAUAUUGGUCUUCAAUCCCUUGAUAUACGACCCAUUCAAACAGCCUAGCAAAGUAAUUAUGAAUUAACAAUUAGAAAAAUGACUGCAUAAGACAUAGAGAAAGAGGGUGGGGUGUACAUUGGAGCAAGCUUAGAAGAGCUCACUCUGGCACUUGAGUUUAUUCUAGAUCACCAAACUAGAGUGAAUGGGAACUAAGAGCCAAUGGGAAUGCAGGAUAUAGCCAUCAUUGCCUCACUAGAAACCCCACUGCAGCCAAUAAACCUCUCCCACUUGGAAGAAGGCCCUGGGGAAGAAAUUUACAAUGACAGUGGUUACAGCAUAAGACAGCUUCUCAUAAUCCUGAAACUGUAACAUGGCGGUGUAUUACGUUGUUGUGUUUCUCUUAUUGUCACAGGUAUCUUUAGUUACAACCAUGGGAACCCUCACUGAUGCAAACACUGCAUUUGCUGUGGAACUUCUGAAAAUACUGUUGAAAAACAAUCAGGAGGGAAACAUCUUCUGUUCCCCACUGAGUAUCUCCGCAGCUCUGAGCAUGGUCCUUCUGGGUGCCAGAGGGAACACUGCUAAACAGAUGGAAAAGGUUCUUCACUUCACUGAGAUCACUGGAUCUGGAAGUUCUAAGAAUGCUCCUGUUACUGGAGCACAGUGUGACACCUCUGGAGGACCUCAUGAACAAUUCAAGGCACUCUUAUCUGCCAUCAACCAGCCUACCAAAGAUUAUGCUCUGAGUACUGCCAACAGACUGUAUGGAUCAAACAGUUAUGAGUUUUUGCAGCAAUACUUACAUUCCACGAAGGAGCUCUACCAUGCUGAGUUGGAAAGAGUUGACUUUAGGAAUGCAACAGAAGAAGUUAGAAAGAAGAUUAAUUCUUGGGUUGAAGGCCAGACAAAUGGUAAAAUCAAGGAUCUUUUUGCUAGUGGGAGUAUUUCCCAAGAUGCUGUCUUGAUCUUAGUGAAUGCCAUAUACUUCAAAGGAAAGUGGAAGAUGCAAUUUGACCCAAAGAAUACACAUGAAGCACCAUUUUGGACUAGCAAGAAUCAGAGUAAACAAGUGCAGAUGAUGUUCCUGAAAGAUGAAUUUAAUCUGGCUGAAAUAAAAAACCCACCUUUGCAAGUCCUUGAGCUUCCUUAUGAUCAGGAUGAACUAAGUAUGCUCAUUCUUCUGCCAGAUAACAAAGAAUCUCCAGACCAGCUUGAAAAAGAACUCACGUAUGUGAAGCUGAAAGAAUGGACCAGUACAGCAAAUAUGAAGAAACAAAAAAUGAGAGUUUUCAUACCAAAGUUUAAACUGGAAUUAAAAUAUGAACUCGUACCAAUUUUAGAAGCCAUGGGAAUGACUGAUGUGUUUCUACAGGGAAAGGCUGACUUAUCAGGAAUGUCAAAAAGCCAGGAUCGUAAUCUGGUUGUGUCCAAAGUCAUUCAUAAAGCUUAUGUAGAUGUUAAUGAAGAGGGCACAGAAGCAGCUGCUGCUACUGGUGUAGAAGUGGUUCCACUGAGUGCAGAAUUUCUUCCAGAGUUUAGAGCUGAUCGUUCCUUCAUUUUUCUCAUAAGGCAUAAUAAAACCAAGAGCAUCCUUUUUAGUGGCAGAUAUUCCUCACCAUGAUGAUCACCAGAUGCUGAAAUCACAACAAGCAACUUUAUUUUGGUGCACUGAAAAUGUUAAGAGUUCUGAGAAAAAUAAAUAUACUCCAAAAGCAA